AUGAGGAAGACCAAGGUGAAUAGCCAGAACAAGUUCAUGAAAAUCAUCAUGGUACCCAUCAGAGUCCUGAGCAAGGCCAAAGACUUUUACGUCAGAAGCAUGACGGACAUGGGCGGCAGAGUGGCCUACAGUGGCGCAGUUGGAGGGCUUGGUGGUAAUGUCACUCAAGGCUUGCCCAAGAGCUUCAGCGUUAGCUCAACUUCUUCUAGGUUAAGUGAAAAUGGUGAUGAUUAUUCAGAGCUUAUUAGGGCUGCGUCAGCAAGGAACUACGGGGACAGGAUCGACGUGAACAUGAUCCUGCAAGAGCAGAUGAAACGAUCAGCUACAACCACAACUAUGCGAUCGGGUAUGGGACCGAAAAGGGUAUUUAAUAAUCCGACUGUUUUGCCAAAAUGUGGCAGCGUGGCCAUGGGGAAGAUUGAUGAAGAUGCACCUGCGGAUUUUGAUGAAGGUGCUGCUGGUGUCAAGGGUGACUUGUACCCUAGAAGCAAAAGCUAUGCUGUUGGAAGGAGAAGUGCUUUUGCGUUUUGA